AUGGGUCAUCAAGAAAGUAAAACAUGUUAUACUAGCUUAGAUGAUGAAACUAUUGAACGUCUUACAAAAAAUACAAAAUAUACAGAAGAACAAAUUCGUGAAUGGCAUGCAUCAUUUUUACGAGAUUGUCCAAAUGGAAAACUAACAUCACAACAAUUUGUAGAUGUUUAUAAAAAGUUUUAUACAGAAGCUGAAGCUGAAAAAUAUAGUUAUCAAGUAUUUCGUACAUUUGAUAUAGAUCAAAGCGGUUUUAUUGAUUUUGUUGAAUUUUUACUUGCUGUUAAUAUUAAUGCUAAUGGAGAUAUACGUGAUAAAUUACAUCUUGCUUUCGAUAUUUAUGAUAUAAAUGGAGAUGGAAAAAUUGACAAGAAAGAAAUGACCAAAGUGAUUACGGCUAUUUAUGAUCUCUUAGGUGAAGAACAUCGUAAAGGAGAUAAUUCACCUGAAAAUCGUGUGAAAAUAAUCAUGGAAAAAUUAGAUAUAAAUGAUGAUAAAUCUAUCUCACGAGAUGAAUUUGUUGACGGUUGCCUUAAAGACGAUAUUCUUCGACAAUUAUUGGCACCUAAUGUUUAA